CAGUUUCACCUUGCCGCUUCUCCUGUCUUCUCUUCAUCUUUCUCAAUAUUAUUAAUUCUUCUCAUUUAGGGUUUAUCGCCGGCGAAAUCAUGGGAAGAGCUAAGAAAGGUCCUAAAUUUGCUGUUAUGAAGAAGAUCGUCACUUCUAAAACCCUAAAACAUCACAAGCAAGAAAUCUUAAACCCUAAAAAGAAAGACCUUGCUGCGGAAAAGCUCCCUAGAAACGUGCCUUAUGUUUCGGCAGCAUUGUUCUUUACUCAUAAUACUGCUUUGGGACCGCCUUAUCGAGUUUUGGUUGAUACCAAUUUCAUCAAUUUUUCCAUCCAAAAUAAAUUGGAUUUGGAGAAAGGGAUGAUGGAUUGCUUAUAUGCAAAAUGUACCCCAUGUAUUACGGAUUGUGUGAUGGCUGAACUUGAGAAGCUUGGUCAAAAGUAUCGUGUAGCAUUGAGGGUUGCGAAAGAUCCUCGAUUUGAGAGGCUUCCGUGUACCCAUAAAGGAACAUAUGCUGAUGACUGCCUGGUUGAGAGGGUCACUCAGAGUAAAUGCUACAUCGUUGCUACUUGUGAUCGUGAUUUGAAGCGAAGGAUUAGAAAGAUCCCUGGUGUGCCUAUCAUGUACAUCACACAACACAAGUAUUCAAUCGAGCGGCUGCCAGAGGCUACGAUUGGUGGAGCACCAAGAUUUUGAUGCUUUUGGAGGGCAGUUGUGAGAGACUAUUCACCAUUUCUAUACUACAAAUGAGGGUAAAUGAGCGGCAGAUGCCCGGUGUUACCAGUGAGACGAAGAUUUUCAAAUUUUUUAAAGGCGAUGAGAAGAAUGAAUGUCUUAGUAUUGGGGGUUUCGGAUUCCGUUAUAGAGAUUAGUGAGCGUUAAGUGAUGUGAAUUUGUUCGUUUCUUUUCUUUUUGGGUACAAGUUGACAAAAGACCCGUGGACAAACAUUGAUCAAUACUACCUUUUAACUAUUAUUUAUUGUUAACGACCUAUAAUGCAAUUGUCUCUCUCUUCUUUCAAAUCAAGAUAGAUUUUAGGAAUGUAUGCUUAUGUAAUGGUUGAAUGCCCCUCUUCAAGAAAUGCUAAUUGGGCACUAAACACUUUUGUUAAAGAAAGUUAAUUGUAUGGAUUAUAUGGUUAUUUUGGAGGAAA